AGUUGCCUCCCUUUGUUGUAAAUUUGUUAAUAGUUGGUAAACAGAGCUGAGCAGAUUCUGACUGUUGGCUGAAGCAAAGACUGAUUUUCAACUGGAUGGCUGAAGCGUUUCACCCCACAAAAGAUGGACACAUUGGCAAUGUUGAGAAGUUGACAAACAUUGAGUUGCAUGAUAUCAUCCGGAGACAAGAACAGCUUAUAAAGAAACGUUACAGGACUUUCUUAAGCCAUCUACCAGAUAAAGGAGCCAAAGUCAAAGAACAUCUUGAUGUUUUAAAACAGGAGCAAGAAAGACGAAACAAACUGCAGGACGCGGCGCAACAGACAAAACAGAAUGUGACCAAUGAAAUUGAUGGAAGGGAUUUGACAGAAGCACUGGAAAGUCUCAGUAUUCGGGAAUCGCGAGAUACCCGUACAAGCCCUCCCAAGCACCAGUAUGACAUCGACAUUGAAAACGCUAAAAGAACAAUAAGUCAGAGAGAGCGUUUCCAUCUCAACAGGGAUCUAAAAAUUGAAAAAAUUGCUGAUCUGCCUGAGGAGAUCAAGAAAACCAAACAAUACAUGCAAAGGAACAAAGCAGCUGCUGUAUCAACUAACAAAAUAUGUCCCAAAGUUUCUCAUGAAGAGGAAUCAGCAGCCACGCCCCCCAGCUACAAGUAUGGCUGCUCAAGGAAAAUAGAGCUUGUAGAAUCUCUGGAGUUGCAGAGAAAACAUAAGGAGCAACAUGAGUUAAUUCAAGCGAAGAUGGCCACAGAAAGACUGGCAUCCAGUCUAUCGAUAAAAAUGGAGAUAUAUAAUCCAGAAGGGGUUGACAUGAGCUACCGAAGUCGUGAUGCCUUAGACAGUGAUGAUGACACGUGCAAUGCAGACAAUGAUGAUGAUAAUGCAGACUUGGAGGUGGAGCCCACUUGAACAGAUUCAACAAAACGUUGCAAUGUGUUUUCUUCUGGAAGUUGUCAUACAGUUCCGUGCAGUGUAAUAGUGUUAAGGUCGCUGAUUAUUCUGCAGUACAUACUUAUUAAAGUGUCCUUAACACUUUGAUGGACGUGGAGCAUGUAACACUUUACUAGCAAGUUGUUUGAAAUAAAUGAAGUGUUAUGCAAUCCUUUCUAACAAACUUCAAUUUUACGUGUUCUUUUGGUGCAAGUAUUUAGAUAGAUCCAAAAUCUAUAUUAAUAUUUGGUUACAAUAAAAAAAAUUAUUUCAGUAAUAUUUAUGCAGCACCAAUUCAAUAAGCAUAACCAAUUCCUUAAUUCUUAUUGUCUGUCUUGUUAUGAAUAUGUAAACACAAUCGAUUGUAAUGUGCUUUAGUGAAUAAAAUAUUUGUUCUGUU